CACGCCGCGGUCAGGACAUUCGAGCCCCAGACUAGAGCCGGCCGGUGACUGAGCGCUGUCUUGGUUGUCUUGUAGCUGCCUGGGGCCGCCGCCGGUAACGACUCUCGGGAGCGAGCGGUCCAAACAUUGAAAAAGCAGUCUGGCUCCCGAGGUCUACACCCUCCACCCCAAGGUCCAGAUGGCGGCCAAUGUGGGUGAUCAGCGUGCUGCAGACUGGUCUUCUCAGUACAGCAUGGUGACUGGGGCCAGCAGAGAGAAUGGCAUGGAGACCCCUAUGCACGAGAAUCCCGAGUGGGAGAAGGCCCGCCAGGCCCUGGCCAGCAUCAGCAAAGCGGGGGCCGCCAGCAGCUCCAAGGCCAGCAGCAGCGGGGCUGUGGCCAGCGCACAGUAUGUCUCUCAGGCAGAAGCCUCGGCCUUGCAGCAGCAGCAGCAAUACUACCAGUGGUACCAGCAGUACAACUAUGCCUACCCGUACAGCUACUACUACCCCAUGCCUCCAGUCCCUGGCAUGGAUGAGAGCAUGGCCUACCAGGCUUCCCCUCAGCAGCUACCUGCAGCCCAGCCCCCUCAGCCCUCAAACCCACAACAUGGGACACAUAGUCUAAGCAACGGGCCUCAGCCUGGAACAGCCCCAACCACUCAGCACAGUCAGGCAGGGGCUCCCACGGGGCAGGCCUAUGGGCCACACAGCUACAGCGAGCCUGCCAAACCUAAGAAGGGACAGCAGUUGUGGACCCGCAUGAAACCAGCCCCUGGGACUGGAGGUCUAAAAUUUAACAUCCAGAAGCGGCCCUUUGCAGUCACCAACCAAAACUUCAGCUCCAGUUCAGAGGGUCAGCACAGCAGCUUUGGUCCCCAGCCCAACUCCGAGAAAGCUCAGAACCACAGUGGGCCUUCUGGCCGGGGAAACCUGUCAGGGAAGCCGGAUGAUUGGCCUCAGGAUAUGAAGGAAUAUGUGGAAAGGUGCUUCACCGCCUGCGAGUCAGAAGAGGACAAGGACCGGACAGAGAAACUGCUCAAGGAGGUGCUGCAGGCCCGGCUCCAGGAUGGCUCUGCCUACACCAUCGACUGGAGCCGAGAGCCUCUGCCUGGGCUGACCAGGGAGCCUGUGGCUGAGAGCCCCAAGAAGAAGCGGUGGGAGGCCCCUAGCAGCCUUCACCCUUCCAGGGGGGCAGGCUCGGUAACCAGGGGCGGGGGUGCCCAAUCCCAGCGAGGGACACCUGGGGCUGGGGGUGCUGGCCGAGCUCGGGGUAGCAGCUUCGCCAAGUUCGGCAACCGCAACGUCUUCAUGAAGGAUAACAGCUCUUCCUCCAGCACGGAUUCCCGCUCCCGCUCCUCAUCCAGGUCUCCUACCCGACACUUUCGGAGAAGUGACUCCCACUCAGACUCUGACAGCUCCUACUCAGGGAAUGAGUGCCACCCUGUAGGCCGCAGGAAUCCACCCAAGGGUCGGGGUGGUCGCGGGGCCCACAUGGAUCGAGGUCGAGGCAGGGCGCAGCGUGGAAAGAGACAUGACCUCGCUCCCUCCAAACGCAGCCGCAAGAAGAUGGCAGCGCUGGAGUGUGAGGACCCGGAGCGUGAGCUUAAAAAGCAGAAGAGAGCAGCCCGCUUCCAACACGGGCACUCUCGCCGCCUGCGCCUCGAGCCUUUGGUGCUGCAGAUGAGUAACCUGGAAAGCAGUGGAGCUGACCCUGACUGGCAGGAGCUGCAGAUUGUGGGCACCUGUCCUGACAUUACAAAGCACUAUCUGCGGCUCACCUGCGCCCCAGACCCAUCAACUGUGCGACCUGUGGCUGUUUUGAAGAAAUCUCUGUGCAUGGUCAAGUCGCACUGGAAGGAGAAGCAGGACUACGCCUUUGCCUGUGAGCAGAUGAAGUCUAUUCGGCAGGACCUGACAGUGCAAGGCAUCCGGACGGAGUUCACUGUGGAGGUGUAUGAGACCCAUGCCCGCAUAGCCUUGGAGAAGGGGGACCAUGAAGAAUUCAACCAGUGCCAGACACAGCUUAAGUCACUAUACGCGGAAAACUUAGCAGGCAACGUGGGUGAAUUUACUGCAUACCGAAUCCUCUACUACAUCUUCACCAAGAACUCUGGAGACAUCACUACGGAACUGGCAUACCUCACGAGGGAGAUGAAGGCGGAUCCCUGCGUGUCCCACGCACUGGCACUGAGGGCAGCCUGGGCCCUGGGCAACUACCACCGCUUCUUCAGGCUCUAUUGCCAUGCACCUUGCAUGUCUGGUUACCUUGUGGACAAGUUUGCAGACCGGGAGCGCAAGGCCGCCCUCAAGGCUAUGAUCAAAACGUAUGUGGCACUGCACUCUGCUGCCUUCUGUGCUGUGGCUCUGCCACGUCCCCUCCACAUCCUGGUCAGCCUUCAGCUCCUCUGCUGAAGUCCCCUCCCAGUCCCCUGUUCAUACCCCUGGCCCUCAUUGCUUUCCUCCUCGGCCACCUGCAGUCCCAGGUUUUCUCCCACUGUUGUGACCCCACUGCUCCUGGUGUCAUGUCCUGUCCUUCCCUGUACUCUUCUGUUGAUAGCAGUUUGGAACCUGGUUUAUCUUUCCCCUUUUCAGGGCCUUUGCAGCAACGUGCUGCUCUUCCUGACAUUAGAAAGGGGGACUUGGCUCAUAUUGCUAGCAGUCUGUUGAGAUGAGACCUUGUGCCAUUCCAUUGUUGACUAUCAGAAAUCUUGGAUUGGGAAUGUGUGGCACUGAGGGUGGUGUGCAGGGCAACAGACUACAUGUGUCUUGCCCAUGUGAGGAAAAGACAGAUUCCAAACACCACCACAACCACCUCCCCAGAUAUUUUGCUUGUGGGUAGACCAGGGAUGCUGUACAACAAAAGGCCCCACAGCAGUGUGUGCCAAUCUUGCCAAGGUUGAAGAACCCUGGUCAAGAGCUCUGUCAGUACUCACUUGAGGGCCCUUGAAUGUCAGGCUAGGCAGCAGUGUGUGCUCAUUGGUAGUUCUGCUAUAAUGGGAUUCGCAACUUAUGGGUCAAGAAACUUGUUGUAGAAUUCUGUCAAUCCAAGAGGGGCUGUGACUCCAUAUUUGACUAGCUGAAAUGAAUGGGCAUCAGGCUACUCAGACUUUUGUAAUUCAAUAAGCCUGUGUUCACCUCAUCCUCAGAGCGUCUUUCCUAUGAACGUAGCACAGCAGACAGACCCUCAGAUAUCAGCCUGCCACACUCAGCCUGAGGAAGGUGGCCCUGUCCCAGGGCCAUAAGAUGCCUGUGUUCCAGAUACUUGGUGACCUUCAGGAGGGUCCUCAGAAUUAUCAGAAUAUAUACACUAUUAGGGCAUUAUGGUAGCAGAGUGUAACACUCUGCAGACACCCUGGGGGGAGGGGCACCAUCGUCCCCACCCUCUGAGCCCACGUACCACUUACUCUGUCUGGCUCCAGCUCCUCAGUCAGCAGAGGAGCCAAGCUGAGCCCCUUCCCUCCUGCCCCCUCCUUCCUGAACAGGUAAGUGUGGGCGAGGGGGGGGCACAGCUGGGCACUGGGGCUACCAACCCCAUCCCUUGCCCCCCCCAAGCCCCUGAAAUGGGGAGGUUGGGAGGGGCUGCAGAAGCCAGCAGGUUCCUUGCUGAGGAAAAUGCACGCCCAGAUGGGGAGCACCACUCCCUGCUCUUGGGCCUCCCUUGUCUGCCUGCCUCAUCAUUUUCUCCUCUUGUCUCCCAUAGCUUCCGCCCUGCGCUGCCCGUCUCCUACCUGCAGGCCGAGUUGGCCUUCGAGGGCGAGGCCGCCUGCCGGGCCUUCCUAGAGCCCU